UCAUCGAUUUUGGAGGGAUUCUCUGGAAUGUUGCCUGGGAGUACUUAGCAAGAAUCUUUAAGUCAUAGCAAAGAUGGACUAAAGCUCAUCCGGCUCCGCACCGACAGAUCUCCGAUGAUCUCAGGUGGCGGCCUCAGCCCCUGCCAGCUUGGAUCGGUUUAUGGAAACAAGGCUUAGCAGACAAAUAUUGACGGCGAACGCCUUGUUCAAAUAAAACAUUCCUGUUUCUUUCCUCUCCCCCCUAACCAAGAACCCACCGAGCUCCGGCAUUUCGGGUCCGGAAAGACGAGGGAGACUCCAAAGAGGUCCGGUUUUUCCCACCCCUGGGAGAGAAAUGGCAGAAAUCCCGACUCAAGUGAACAUCAAGGAAAAGAUCUUCGCCGUCCGAUCGGCCGUUCCCAACAGGAGGAAAAGUGAGAUCGUGGUGGUACUGCAGCAGUUCGACAAUAACGUGGAUAAAGCGGUCCAGGCUUUCGUGGACGGAAGUGCUGUCCAGGUUCUAAAGGAAUGGAAUAUGACAGGGAAAAAGAAGAUCAACAAGAGAAAAAAAAGCAAAUGGAAACAGCACCCAGGAGGCCCAGUGGUGAAGGAGAGAGUGGAUGGAAAGGAUCCCAAUCCCCCGGGAUCGGCAGGAUUCCUGAUUCUCCCUCUCAGUGGAUGCUGCGGGAAGGGCCACUUUCCCACCGGUCCUGUCCAGGAGAAAACCGAGGCAGAGCAACAGGGAAAAAAUCCCUCCUUGCCUCCCGACUCCCUCCGGGAGCAUCCCAAGGCCACAGGCCCCAAUAUCGAGAAAUCGUUGAAGGAUUUACAGCGCUGCACCCUUUCCCUGGCCCGAUACCGCCUAAUGAUCAAAGAAGAGGUGGAUCUCUCUGUGAAGAAGAUCAAAGCGGCCUUCGCCGAAUUGCACGUCUGCAUCACGGACAAAGAAAAGUCAUUAAUGGCUGAAAUGGAGAAAGUCAAAGAAGAGGCCAUGGGAAUACUGAACGCCCGGCAGAAGAAAGCGGAGGAGUUAAAGAGAUUGACCGAUUUGGCCAAGCAGAUGGCCGACACCCAACUGUCGGAACUCCGAGCUGAAAUUAAGCACUUUGUCAGCGAGCGCAAAUAUGACGAAGAGCUGGGCCGGGCCGCCCGCUUCUCCUGCGACGUGGAGCAGCUGAAGGGCCAGAUCUCGCUCUGCGGAGAGAUUUCACACCCGAAGGACAACUACUCGGCGCGGGCCGGUUGCAGCUGGCUCCUGCCCUCCGUGGGGAGGCCAGUGCGCUCCCGUGGGAAGGCGGCUCCCCGUGGCCCCGUCCUCCGGACCCACCGCCCCGAGGAGGCCCACGGCGACCAUGAGGGCGACCAUGAUGGCCACCACAGCCGAGGACCCGCUCGCCCCCAACACCUCAUCACCGAGGCCUCUCCCGCGGCCAGCAAGGACGGUCCCUCCGGCCAGCGGCGAAGACCGACCGCCCGGCCUCGCCCGGCCCGGACGGCCAAGGGCCCCGCGGGCCCGGACGUGGACCAGCCGGGCAAGGCCGGGCCCCGCCACCACUACCGGCGCCCCCAAACCAGGGGCCCCGCCAGGGGCCCAGAGGCGGCGGGGGUGGCGGAGGCCGCCGGGGCGGAGGUCAGGGGUCAGGGCCCCUCGGGCCGGGCCGCCCCGGAGAAGCCAAGGCGCCGACGGGCUCGGCCCCCGCGGGUCGGCCUGUGGGACCCCCGAGGCUCCACGUGCCCGCCGUGACCUCGGUGGCCACCCCUGCCCUCCUUCCAACCGGGCCCGGCCUCGCCCUGGGCCCAACUCCUUGGCACGGGGCCGC